AUCUCACCAAAUCGCAUUAGGUGUCUCCACUGAAAGCCAUUUUGUUUUUCAGGACUCUGCAAGGGUAGCUGGAGCUAAUUUGCACCGACGAAGCAGCUGUAGUCACCACGGUUCCAUCUUCUCCACGAUGUUGCCCUUAGCCAAAAACGCGCUAAGCCGUCUCCAAGUUCGAAGCAUUCAGCAAGUGGUGGCAAGGCAGAGCCACCAGAAAAGGACACCUGAUUUCCAUGACAAAUAUGGAAAUGCUAUAUUGGCAGGUGGAACCAUCUUCUGCAUUUCUGCAUGGACAUAUACAGCUACACAAAUUGGAAUAGAAUGGAACCUGUCCCCUGUUGGCAGAGUCACCCCAAAGGAAUGGAGAGAUCAGUAGUCAUGCCAGCUGCUACAAUAAUCAAGGAAAUGUUUCCAAACCAACUUAUAAGUGAUGCUAGGUUAAAGAAUCAUGUAUUCAUUAAAAUAUGCCAUAUUGAAGAAUAAAUAAAGUACCUUUGAAACCUUCA